AUGGAAGAUUUUCAUCAAAAUACAGAAACAAUUUUAAAAUCCAAUUCCGAACAGACAUUUAUCGGUAUUUGGUUUCAUGAUGAUAAUAUUACAGAUGAACAAAAAAACCAAAUGAAAAUUUAUUUACAUCAAACAUUUUAUUAUUAUCGAAUUUUCGAUAACAUGGAACAAUUUAGUUCAUACAUGUAUAAAACACAACAUGUUGCCAAAAUAUUUUUAAUCAUUUCUAUUUCAAAUUUAUCAUUAUAUCCAUUAGUCAGUUUAGUUCAGGAAUACUCCAUAAUUGAGAAAGCUUACACAUUUUUACCUAUUAGAACUGUCAAACCUCUUGAAUUUGAUACUAAUAACAUAGAUGUUUUAUUUGAAAAAAUCUCCGAUAAUAUCAAACAUUUUUCCAAGAAAACGAAUAUAAAUAUGGAAAUGAAUACUAAGUCUCAAUCAUUAAAUAUUUCUCGUAUCAAUCAAGUCUCAACAUCAUCAAAUAAAUUUAUAUCAAAAUCAAAUCGUAUUACACCUAUUCGACAUCUAGCAGAAGAAUCUAUGGAAUUUCUAAGUUUUCUAACUAUGGUAAAAAUUCUUCUCGAUAUAUCUUAUGAUGAUAAUGAUAUAGAAGAUAUGUGGCGAGUAUAUCGUAUACUUUAUAUGGAAAAUUCUAUAGAAUUAAAAAAUAUUGAAGAUUUAUCAAAAUCAUAUAAUUCAGAAAACGCUAUUAAUUAUUAUACCAAAAGUUCAUGUUUUUUUAAAAUUAUUAAUCAAGCUUGUAGAACUGAAAAUGUUCAACAUAUAUGCGAAUUUCGAGUCUAUAUAAGUGAUUUAGACAAACAACUUAGCGCUCUCAGUAUAGAACAAGAAAUGAAUGGUAUUAAAUCAUCGAUUACAAAAGUAUAUCGUGGUAAAGUAUUACCAUCAAGUAUUUUACAACAGCUAAUUGAUAAUGAACACGGAUUAAUAUCAAUGAAUGGUUUUCUUUCAACAACAGCGUCAUCUGAAAUAGCUAAUAUUUAUUCUAGUAUCGAGGAAAAAAUUGACGAAGGUUAUAUACGUGUACGAUUUAUUCUGAUAAUUGAUACGAUAAAACAACCAUACGCAUAUAUUGGUGAUUGUAGUGCAGUACCUGAUGAACGCGAAAUUCUUUUUUCAUUAGGAACUAUUUGGCGUAUCGAGUCUAUUACAGCUGGAGAAAAAUUUUAUGAAAUUGAAUUAACAUCAUAUAAUAAUCUGGAUUCUUAUUUGGAUACGCUACUUAAAAAUUACAAAAAAAAAGAAUAUGACCUUUCAUUAGUAGGUGAUAUUUUACGAGAACUGGGAAAUUAUGAAGAGGCGGAAUGGUUCUAUCAAAAAAUGCUUAAACAAGAUGAUUUGUCGGAUGAAAGUCGAGUUUAUUUAUAUUACAAUAUGGCAAUGAUGCGAAAAGAAUUGGGAUGUAAUUCUGGAGCAAUUCAAUAUUUUCAAGAAGCAGCACGUCGUCUACAAUCUUCAAUUACAAAAUCUAACGGAAUUAGAUCUUCUCGAGAAAUCUAUAUAUGUGAUAAAGAAUCUAUUU